AUUCUCGAAAACUGAAAAAGAAAGGAAAGAAAAAGGGGAGGAGCUGAACUAACGGAGAGGGAAGGCAUAAAGCAAUUGGGGUUGCUGGUUGCUGCUGCUGUUGUUGUUGAGCGUGUGAGAGGUGAGUGAGUUCUGGUUGUGAAAAUGUCACACAGCGAUACCAUACCCCUUCACGCAUCUUCCCAAUCGGACAUCGACGAGAUCGAGAACCUCAUCAACAUAAGUGUUCAAUCUGUUCCGGCCACCGUUCCACCCGCCAGACCCCCCAGUCCCCCACGCGCCUCCAUCCCAGUCUCCGUCUCCUCUUCUCCCUUCGUCCCUUCCAAUCUCCCUCCUCCUCCCAAAUCCUCCUCCAUUCAGAAACCCACUUCCAAUAUCCCUCCUCCUCCCCCGCCCCGACCCGAUAUCUCUUCCUCCGGGUUCGGACCCGCCCCCAACACCCUCACUGAGCCCGUAUGGGACACCGUCAAGAGAGAUCUCUCCAGAAUUGUCAGCAAUCUCAAGCUUGUUGUGUUUCCCAACCCUUACCGUGAAGAUCCCGGUAAGGCUCUCAGAGAUUGGGAUCUUUGGGGACCCUUCUUCUUCAUCGUCUUUCUCGGUCUUACCCUCUCUUGGUCUGCAUCCGUCAAGAAGUCAGAGGUUUUUGCUGUUGCAUUUGCUUUACUUGCUGCUGGCGCUGUAAUUUUGACAUUGAAUGUACUGCUUCUGGGUGGACACAUUAUUUUCUUUCAGAGUCUGAGUCUGCUGGGUUAUUGCUUGUUCCCUCUGGACGUUGGUGCAUUAAUUUGUAUGUUGAAGGACAAUGUCAUACUGAAAGUGGUUGUGGUAUGUGUGACAUUGGCUUGGAGCUCUUGGGCCGCCUACCCUUUCAUGAGUUCUGCUGUCAACCCUAGGAGAAAAGCUCUUGCACUCUACCCAGUUUUUCUCAUGUAUGUAUCUGUUGGUUUUCUCAUCAUUGCCAUUGACUAAAUGCGUUGGCGCUUCCGAUUACUUUAUCCCAUAACCACUUGGAAUCUGCUUCUACAUAGGAAUUUUUGUUUAAUGAUCGAGCUUUAUUAUUCUUUUUUGCCCUUAUUUUGUUCCUGCCCCUUUUUUUUCUGUUUUAUAUUUUGGCUAGAUAUAUUUGGACGUGAACAGUUGUAUAAUAUUACGUGGAAGGUAUAUGAUGGGAUCAAACUUGCUACAGCCA